AUGUCGGUCGGAGUCUUGCAAUUACUCAGUUUUAUCCUGCUUAUGGAUCCAACCGAGGUGAUAGCAGGACCUCCACAGAACAAGGAUCUACUCAAUCAGAAUCUGGAUGAGUUCCGGCAGAAGUACUUGCUACCUCUUAUCUCCUCGGAUACCAGAAACUGCAGUCUAAACGCAUGUGAAUCUCUGGGCAUUGUGUCACAGCUUUUGAUGCUUAUUAAUUCAAUGCCAAAUGGAACUCAUACGACGGCAAACGAUCAGAAACCGUUCAAGCCCAAGGCGAAUGGCCAUAAUAAUGGAGAUGGAAAUAGUGGGGAGGUCAAUGCUAUGUCCCAUUUGGCCAAUUUUGAUCUGGUGAAGCGGGUAAGGCAGAUCGAGAGUCGCCUUCGGUCCGUGGAGCAGCCCAUCUGGCACUUGUCUACUAGUAGCCAGAUCGAGUGGAAUCAUUGCACCUCGGGUGUCUGUCGCUGCAAUCCGGACACCAAGAGCUUCACCUGCUGGAAUACCAAUCUCAAAUCGGUGCCGGUCACUCAGGUGAUUCCCAUGAAUAUGGUGAACAUAGAUCUCUCCCGGAACAUUCUUUCUACCCUGCACAAGGACACCUUUCGAGGUCUGACGGUGCUCAAAGAGUUGGAUUUAUCGAACAAUGUUCUGGAUUUCCUGCCCUUUGAUUUGUUCCAGGAUCUGGACAGUCUACUGGUUUUACGCAUUCAAAAUAACCAACUAGAAGACAUUGACCCUCGCACCUUCUGGAAGCUGCGCAACUUGAAUAUUCUAGAUCUGAGCAAAAAUGAGAUUGGCAUGCUGCCGGAAUCUAUAUUUUAUCAUGCCCAGAGGCUCACUGUGAUCAACAUGUGCGAUAAUCAGAUCCAGAACUUCCCCCCUAAUCUCUUACGAGAUCAGCUUAUGUUGGAGGAACUUGAUAUGUCCCGGAACAAAAUCACUGAACUUAGUUCGGGCAGCAUUCGAUAUUUGGCAAAUUUGAAGACUCUUGACUUUGGUUGGAAUCAAAUUGCCAAGAUACAUGAUGACUUUUUUGUGGGUUUGAAGAGUCUGAGAAUUCUUUCGCUGCACAACAAUCGCAUCUCAUCGUUGUCGGGAACUUUAUUCAAUAAUCUUGUCAACUUGAACACCCUCGAUUUGACAAUGAAUCGGAUAAGCCAUAUGGAUGGCCGUGCCUUUGUGGAGCUAAAUAACCUCAGUGAACUAUUUUUGGGCCAGAAUGCAAUGUCCAGCAUUCCUGCAGAUCUUUUCUUGAAUGUCAGUGCCCUUACAAGGUUGACACUCUUUUCCAAUAAUCUCACCACAUUGGAAGCUGAUGAUUUUCAGGGACUGACCAACCUUAAGAUUUUAUUGCUAAACAAUAAUGUUCUUAAAAAUUUCGAUUCAAGCGCAUUUGCACCUCUCAAACAAUUGGAAAAACUCCGCAUUGAUUCCAACAAGUUGAUGUAUCUACCCCAUGGAUCCCUACAUGGUCUAGAGAAGUUGGUGGCUGUCAAGCUGGACAAGAAUCCUUGGCACUGCGAUUGUCGAGCUCUCUAUCUGGCCAGGUGGGUUCGAGAAUUUGUGUUGAAACUCUGGGAUGGUCAGCAGCCCAUGUGUCGAGGUCCAGGGGAUUUAGGAGGUCAUGAGGUGGGUCUGCUGCGUUACGAUGACCUCUGCGAUGGCCAGUGGGCCAGCAUGUUGUCCCUAUCACCAAGGCUUCCAGUUCGAAAGCAUCAGAUAUCCACACCAAUGAACUAUACAGACUACUUUAAUCUGUAUCUGAAGCAUAUUUAUAAUGGCACCACCGAUGAGGAGCUCAAGGAAGCUGAUAUAACCAGUGUGGCCAUAAAGAAGGUCCAUAAUUAGUCUAUAUGUAAAAUGAUAUUAAACUUAGCUUGACACAAAUAUAUUAUUAUUUUGUUUUAGAAAGCCAUUAAUAGUAUGGCAAAAUGUUUAACUAAGGAAACAAAAUAGCAAAACUUUUAUCCUAAUCAAUAUUUCAUGUUGUUUAUGAACAAAUAUUUUUAUUAAAACUUUCACU